AUGCUGUGGCGCGACUUGCGGGCAUGGCAGGUCUUUGGUGCCAACACGAAUGUCGGCAAGACCAUUGUCUCGACGUUAUUGUGCCGGGCUCUACAGAACCGUCCCGAGAGCCGUGUGCCGACGCUUUAUUUGAAGCCCGUGUCGACAGGCCCUGAGAACGAGGCCGAUGUCGGACACAUUGGUACUUUUGUGCCCGGCGUUGUGUCCAAGAACAUCUCACAGUUUUCGCGGCCACUAAGCCCUCAUCUGGCGGCUGAAUUGGACAAGGAUUCGUCGGUACCUAGAACAGAUGCAUCGAUCCUUUCCAGGGUGAAGGCUCUCCUCACGGACCACGCUACAGCAGGAGGCAGGUAUGCGCUUGUGGAAACUGCAGGAGGCGUCCUGUCCCCAGGCCCAUCUGGCACCGUUCAAGCAGACCUCUAUCGACCGUUAAGGCUGCCGACGAUCCUUGUCGGAGACAGUAAGCUUGGGGGCAUAGCGACAACAAUAUCCGCAUUCGAGUCCUUGCACAUUCGUGGUUAUGAUGUCGACUCGAUCGUCCUGUUCCACGACCCGGACUGGGGAAACUUUGAAUACCUCGAGAAGUAUUUCCACAACCACGACAUCCCGACAUUUGCUCUGCCCCAACCCCCACCAAAGCAUGAGAGUCCCUUGGCAGACAAAGACCAGCUCCGCAGCUACUAUGCUGAGACCGCCAAUGGGCGUCCCAUUAGCGCCCUCUUCGACCACCUGAGAAACAAACACUACCGUCGCGUCGCGCAGGUGAUAUCCAUGCUCAGCCACGCCGAGCAGGUCAUCUGGCAUCCAUUCCGCCAGCAUGGCAUUUCGCACAACAUCACUGCCAUCGACUCUGCAUACGAUGAUCACUUCCAGACGUACAUUGCCAAGGAUACACCAGAGCAGGACUUCGCCCCAGGCUUAACGUCACUCGAAGCCGAAAACAAGCUGCCGCAGUCUCUUCUCACGCCUCUUUUUGAUGCAUCAGCCUCGUGGUGGACUCAGGGUCUAGGGCACGGCAAUCCCAAUAUCGCGUUAACGGCCGCCCACGCAGCGGGUCGUUACGGCCACGUCAUGUUCGCGCACUCGGUCCAUCAACCGGCCCUCGAUAUCUCGUACAGUCUCCUCGAAACCUUGCAGAACCCCCGUCUCAGCCGAAUUUUUUUCACCGACAACGGCAGCACCGGCAUGGAAGUAGCUGUCAAGAUGGCCCUGCGCGCUUCCUGCGCACGAUACGGCUGGACCAAGGACGACGUGGCCGACAAGCCUGUGGAGAUCCUAGGCCUAAAAGGCAGUUACCACGGUGACACGAUUGGCGUCAUGAACUGCAGCGAACCGUCCGUCUUCAAUGAGAAAGUCGACUGGCAUCGUCCCUGGGGCCACUGGUUCGACCCGCCGUCCUUGCUCGUCAAGAAGGGGAAAUGGGUACUCACAGUCCCGGCGGAGACGUCGCCCUCAGGCACGAAUGAGACGCAAACAUUUGAUUCAAUACACUCCAUCUUCGACUUUGACGCCCGUGCAGACGAUGCCAUCCGCUACAGAGACUACAUCACGCGCACCCUCGAAACACUGGUGCGCGACCAACACCGCCGCUUUGGCGCGCUGGUCCUGGAGCCACUCCUCAUGGGCGCGGGCGGCAUGAUCUUCGUGGACCCGCUAUUUCAACGCACCUUGAUCAAGACCAUCCGCGAAAAUCCCGGCUUGAUCCACCCCGACGAGACACGCGACACUAGUGUCCUUGAAUCCCAGCGCGACAACUCUACAGACUGGUCCGGCGUGCCCGUCAUCGCCGACGAAGUCUUCACAGGCCUGUACCGCCUCGGGCGCGCGAGUUCCAGUUCCUUCCUGUCCAACUCCAAGCACGUAGACGAAACACAAACAGUACUCAACGCCUCGCAGCCGUCCGUCCACAUGUCCAUCGCGCCCGACAUCUCCGUGCACGCCAAACUCCUAACAGCCGGUCUGUUACCACUGGCCAUCACCACGGCCUCGGACCCCAUCUUCCAGACUUUUCUAUCUGCAGACAAAACCGACGCCCUGCUCCACGGCCACAGCUACACCGCCCACCCCGUAGGCUGCAGCGUCGCGACCAAGGCGCUGGCCGAAUAUCGCAGGCUGGACGCCCCGCCAUCAUCAAACCCAGCUCCAUCGUCUUCGUCAUGGCAACCCUUCAAGGAAGCUUGGUCCCAAGUGGACUCUCGCUCUCCCUCUCACUCUGACUCUGCACCGGCACAACCACAACCCACAGAUCAAACCACAUCGUCCUUACCAACACAUGCACCACCGCAGAUAUAUUCCUUCUUCCCACCGACCUUGGUCGAUACCCUCUCCCACCACCCCCGCCUCUCAGGCUGUUUCGCCCUCGGCACGGUGCUUGUCCUGAAGAUGGCCCCGAGAGAUGGCCAGGCAGGGUAUACCUCCACCGCGGCCGCCGCGCUGCAAGAGCGGCUCUUGACGCUGCUGGACGAGGAAGGGUGCGGAAUCCACUCGCGCGUGCUUGGGGAUGUGAUUUACUUUAUGGCGAGUUUGACGACGAGUCCGGAGCAGAUUGCGAGGGUGGGGCGGAUGAUUUUGAGGGGCUUGGAAAUGGAGGUCGGGAAGUAA